GGUUUUGCUAAUUUCACUCAGUAAAACUGCAGUGUUUCUGUUUCUAGAUAGUACUUUGCUUCUUUGUCUCUUUAAAAGGUCACAGUGAAAGCUUGGCCUGGAUCGUGCCGGCCAUAUGGAAUGGAUAAGGGCACAAUCUCUUAAAAUGUGAUUAUGAGGUUCUGUGGGCCGAGGGAGGCGAUCCAGCACGGAACUCAUUGAAAAGGCUCCCACGCUGCAAAAAAUAGGUUCUUGAAACCGGAAUUUCGGGCUUGGCUUUCUCUUUUCAAAGGAAAUAAUUGCUGUGUCUGAGUUCACUGUUUAUUUCGUUGAUUAUCGUAUAUGGACUUCGUUUAUGGACAGGGAAAUGGGGUUUUGAGAAAGUAGCCUGCUUUCAAUGCGCCAGCCAGACGUUGCAGUAAAAUGGGUUGUUUAAAUGUGUAACUUAAAAGAAACUCUUCAGCCUGGCAUCUGUUGAGACUGUAGUUAGUUCCGGUGCUGUCAGUCCAGCGGGCCCCGUGGAGGUUGCUCUUUGCAAUUCCAAACUCAGGUUUGGUGAACUUUAGCCUUGGGCGUAGAGUUUAAAUGAGUAAAUUGGGCGUUUUAUGUGCAUGUAAUUUUGCUUUAUAAUGUAGAGCUUUUUACAAGAUGACUGAGUUUGAUAGCUGCUUAUAGGUGGGUAUUCAUUCGAAGGACAAUUUUGCAUGACCUAUAUGACGUUUUGAUUGUCAAUACAUUAAAUUAUCAUCUAACACUUUACUGUACAGUUUAUAACGCUGUUAAGCCUCAUGACUACUUAAUAUGUUUUGUAGCAUUAACUUUGAUGCUUUUAUCUACUCCCCCCUCUUUUUUUUUUUUUUUGCUCUUAAAUUGCCCCAUGGGUUAAGUAUUUUCUUUUCAAGUCAUAUGUUUUAAAAUUCAUCUUCCGCUCUAGGGUAAGGCAGCCAAUUUCAGGAGAAGCAGCUCUGUACUGUAACCCAUAUGAAGCAUUAUAAAGCGUGUUUUGAAUCAGUUAAUAAUCACCACUAAUUUUGGCUUUAGACUACAGUUUAAUAUUAGUGGAAAAGAGUAAUCUUGAUAAAAAGUGGUUAAAAGAGGCACAUUUAUUGUUAAUGAACCUCAUAACCAAAAACAGAUGGGACCUCGAUCAACGGUAGACCUUUGGUCUCAGUGUGCCACCCUGGAGUACAAGGAUAAAUAGCCAUUAUUUCUCUAACUUUAUAGUUCUUCAAUUGACAUUCUUAAGGUUGCUUUUAAACCUACAGAUUAUCAUUGCUCUCCCCUCCCCAUCACCUCUUUCCUUGAUUAUAAUGGACAAAGUAAUCUACAGUUAAACAGAGGGGGAAAAAUAAAUGCUUACAGAAAGACCAUGCUAAUAACACAAGCUCGCUUUCAAAUCUGGAUCUGAGUAGCUUCUUCGGUAUAGUGUGUGUGUGUGUGUAUAUAUAUAUAUAUGUAUAUGUAUUUUUUUUUAAGGGAAAGAUAUGUCGAAUUACCAGACAGCUGGAGAAAAGUGAUAAUUCUCAUAUUGUCUCUGGUUUUUCUAUAUGUGCUCCCCUCUCCCUUAUUGUCGGUGAACUCAGUACUUCAAGUACCAUGAAAGUUCAUAAAAGAAUUCUACUCAUCUGUUCGUAUUAAUGCUAGUUAAAACUGUAUUUUAGAAGGGAGUUUGAUAAUGUACUACUUACUUUAUUAUAAACAGUAUGAGAAUUGAUGUCCCAUGUAUAAUACAACUGAAAAUAAUUAUCUGUUAAUUUUUUCUGAAGUUAAUUGAGAUGUUGACUUCUUUGCAUGCUGAGAUUAUUUUUGAACACUGGCAAUUGUGUUUUACUGAAAUUAUCAAGAUUUUUUUCAAAGCGAGUUUAGCGCUUCAAUCUAAUGUGUGUAUUAUGAAAUAUUUUCAAAAUUUUUGCUAUUUAAAUUGUUAACAGCAUUCUAUUACUAAAGGACCCCGAAAUAUUAACCCUAAGACAUGUGAGUUGUAACACUUCAGUACCGGGGCUAUUUGAAGAAAUCCUCCACUUCUAUCCAUUUGCUUAGGGGUGGAAUGAUUCAGUCACAUGUUUGAGACAAGACUUGACUAAAUCUUUAAAACAGGUCAUGUAACUCUUGAUACUUUGAUAGUAGAAAAGUUUUUCUACAAAUUAACUGUAAAGCCAAUAGAGAGUUUCAAAAGCAGAAGUUUGCUACCUUUUGAGGUGGUGUAUACGUAUGUAGAUAUAUUUUCUUAAUGAGAAUUAAACUGCAUAUAAAAAUAUAAGCAAAGACAUCAGAUCUAACUAAUAUUUUGGACUGUGAUAAUCUUUCCAUCUUUGAUUAAAGUGUUGUUAUUGUGUUCUGUAUUAAGUUUCUAAUUUUUAAAAAUUGGGACUACAUAAAUACAAUUUAUUUUCUCUUUAGCUAUACUUGUAAAUUCUUGUUCUGAAAGUAAGCCCAUUCCCCCCGCACCCAGUUAGUUUUGCUGGUAGGUGACAAAUUACCUUUUCGUUCAUGUGUGUUGGUACAAUUUCCGCAAAUUAUUCUGUUACCUUGAAUGGAAAUAUAAUGCUGUGAUCUAGAAAUAGAGUAACGUCUGCAUUAUAUUAUAUGUCCAGUUAAGCAAUUUUACAAAUAAGAGAGAAGCAUCCAGGAUAAAACAUAUACAUGGUGUUACAUAUACAGAGAGAGAGAGAGAUGUGGAGACCCCCACCCAGUUAUAACAUGUCUUCUUUUUAAAUUCUGGCAGGUGAUCUUUAGAGAGUAACUGAGUAUGGAUCAUUUGAACGAAGCAACUCAGGGGAAAGAACAUUCAGAAAUGUCUAACAAUGUGAGCGAUCCGAAGGGUCCACCAGCCAAGAUUGCCCGCCUGGAGCAGAACGGGAGCCCACUAGGAAGAGGAAGGCUUGGGAGCACAGGUGCAAAAAUGCAGGGAGUACCUUUAAAACACUCGGGCCAUCUGAUGAAAAGCAACCUUAGGAAAGGAACCAUGCUACCGGUUUUCUGCGUGGUGGAACAUUAUGAAAAUGCCAUUGAGUAUGAUUGCAAGGAGGAACAUGCAGAAUUUGUGUUGGUGAGGAAGGAUAUGCUUUUCAACCAGCUGAUUGAAAUGGCCUUGCUGUCUCUGGGUUAUUCGCAUAGCUCUGCUGCCCAGGCCAAAGGACUAAUCCAGGUUGGAAAGUGGAAUCCAGUCCCACUGUCUUAUGUGACUGAUGCCCCUGAUGCUACGGUAGCAGAUAUGCUUCAAGACGUGUAUCAUGUGGUCACAUUGAAAAUUCAGUUACACAGUUGCCCCAAACUAGAAGACCUGCCUCCAGAACAGUGGUCCCACACCACCGUCAGGAAUGCGCUGAAGGACUUACUGAAGGAUAUGAAUCAGAGUUCCUUGGCCAAGGAGUGCCCCCUCUCACAGAGUAUGAUUUCUUCCAUUGUGAACAGCACUUACUAUGCAAAUGUCUCAGCAGCAAAAUGUCAAGAAUUUGGAAGGUGGUACAAACAUUUCAAGAAGACAAAAGAUAUGAUGGUUGAAAUGGAUAGUCUCUCUGAACUAUCCCAGCAAGGUGCCAACCACGUCAACUUUGGCCAGCAGCCGGUCCCAGGGAACACCGCGGAGCAACCCCCGUCCCCCGCGCAGCUCUCCCACGGCAGCCAGCCCUCUGUCCGGACCCCUCUUCCCAACCUGCACCCUGGGCUCGUGUCAACGCCCAUCAGUCCUCAGUUGGUCAACCAGCAGCUGGUGAUGGCUCAGCUGCUGAACCAGCAGUAUGCAGUGAACAGACUUCUAGCCCAGCAGUCCUUAAACCAACAGUACUUGAACCACCCUCCCCCUGUUAGUAGAUCUAUGAAUAAGCCUUUGGAGCAACAGGUUUCCACCAACACAGAGGUGUCUUCCGAAAUCUACCAGUGGGUACGUGAUGAACUGAAACGGGCAGGAAUCUCCCAGGCAGUAUUUGCACGUGUGGCUUUUAACAGAACUCAGGGCUUGCUUUCAGAAAUCCUACGAAAGGAAGAGGACCCCAAGACUGCAUCCCAGUCUUUGCUGGUAAACCUUCGGGCUAUGCAGAAUUUCUUGCAGUUACCGGAAGCUGAGAGAGAUCGAAUUUACCAGGAUGAAAGGGAAAGGAGCUUGAAUGCAGCCUCAGCGAUGGGUCCUGCCCCCCUGAUAAGCACACCGCCCAGCCGCCCUCCCCAGGUGAAAACAGCUACCAUCGCCACUGAGAGGAAUGGGAAACCAGAGAACAAUACCAUGAACAUUAAUGCUUCCAUUUACGACGAGAUUCAGCAGGAAAUGAAGCGCGCUAAAGUUUCCCAAGCUCUGUUUGCAAAGGUGGCAGCAACCAAAAGCCAGGGGUGGCUGUGUGAGCUAUUACGCUGGAAAGAAGAUCCUUCUCCAGAAAACAGGACCCUGUGGGAGAACCUCUCCAUGAUCCGAAGGUUCCUCAGUCUCCCUCAGCCUGAACGUGAUGCCAUUUAUGAACAGGAGAGCAACGCGGUGCAUCACCAUGGCGACCGGCCGCCCCACAUCAUCCACGUGCCCGCAGAGCAGAUUCAGCAGCCGCAGGCGCAGCCGCAGCCGGCGCCGCCCCCCGCGCAGGCGCAGGUGCAGCAGCCUCCGGCCGGGCCCCGGCUACCCCCGCGGCAGCCCACCGUGGCCGCGCCCGCCGAGGCGGAGGACGAGAGCCGGCAGAAGGUGCGGCCGCGGACCAAGAUCUCGGUGGAGGCGCUGGGCAUCCUGCAGAGUUUCAUUCAGGACGUGGGCCUGUACCCGGACGAGGAGGCCAUCCAGACUCUGUCCGCUCAGCUGGACCUGCCCAAGUACACCAUCAUCAAAUUCUUUCAGAACCAGCGGUACUAUCUCAAACAUCACGGCAAGCUGAAGGACAACUCGGGCCUGGAGGUGGACGUGGCCGAGUACAAGGAAGAGGAGUUGCUUAAGGAUUUGGAGGAGAGUGUCCAAGACAAAAAUGCUAACACCCUUUUCUCGGUGAAACUAGAAGACGAGCUGGCGGUGGAAGGGAACACAGACAUUAACGCCGACGUCAAAGACUGAGAUGAAAGUCGUCUUUUCCUCCAUCAGCACCAGUGAAAUUGACUAACGACACGGAAGGUCCACCCUGUACUCGCUCAGCAAACCUUGUUGUCCAUUGUUUGGCCAAUGAAUCUUCAGAAACUUGCACAAACAGGAAAGUCGAGAAAGGAUGAUACAGACUGCACUAAGCGUUUUGCUCUCUUUUACAAACUGCUUGGCAGCCCCAGGUGAAGCAUCGGAUUGUUUGGUAUUAAAAAUGAAAAUUUGUGUUCACGGAACACACCCAGGUGUGUACCCCGUAAGCAUGAUACCAGUGAUUUUUUUUUUUUAAUUAUUAUUCUGGAGCCUCAAACAAGCAUUAUAACUUCUGUGAUUAUUAUUUCCUUCCUUUAAUUAUUUCUGUAACACUUCACACUGAUCUUUGGAAACUCGCCCCUCGUUUAAAAAAAAAAAGAAAAAAAGAGUUUGUUACUCUAUCGUAUGUUACAAAAGAACUAUAGACUGUGGAAUGCAGUUUAAAGAUGACAUAUGCCAACAAAUGCCUUGUAUUAUAUGGCACUGCCGUAAUUCAAAUUUGUUUUUAUUUUGGAAAUAAAAGUUCACUGUAAUUUUUUUUUCAUUCUCAUUGUUACAUGAUUUUUUAAAAAAUGAAAAGAAAAUGUGAAACACAGUUUAGUCCUCAUUAUUUAUUUGUAGAUCCUGCAGCAUCAUGUUGUAAUUAAUUUUUUGGAAGUUUCCGUUAAAUGUAAAAUUGCUUCUCUUGUUACCAUACUGAUUCUUUUCUAUUUAUAAAUGUAUUUUGAUGGGCAGUAAAACAAAGUGUCUUAAAAGUUUUAAAUAGAUAAAAUGUGCUUUACACAGUUGCCUAUAAAAAGUGCUCUAUGUUAUCCAAGCAAUUCAUACUAUAAGCUUCACUCUUAUUGUUGUAUGCAAUUUUUACUAUCAUGCAAAUAAGCUUAGGUAAAUAAAACUAAUAGAUCACCUUAGAAAAUUAUGCAAUUAAUGUGAAAAUAAUUGAUGUUUGCAAUGUGUCUUCCUUUGGUUUACAAUCAAUUUUAAAGCUACAUCUGUAUAAAAUUUCUGUAUAAAGGUGUUAUUUCUUUUUUAUGAGUUUAUGGCUAUGAAAACACCAGCUAUUUUGUUACAGCUGGCUGUUUUUAUAAGUGUAUCACAAUUUUCUUUAUGCAGAAAUGUUCUGAUUAGGAGUGGUUAUUGACUGUAACUACACAAUUAAAAUUGUUUGUAUGGUAUGACAAUGGUAGGGUUUGUCUGCUUAUGUGAAGUAACUUACAGAGUCCAAGACGGCCCUCUAAUUUAGAUGCAUGUUAAUACUUUCUUGAUAUUUUGCAGAUCUGAAAAAGAGCAAUUGAAAAGUCACUUGAAACACUGUAUAUUUAAAUCACAAACACAUGCUCACUUUUUGAGUUUAACAAUGAAGACGAUAACCUGUUUUUGGUUAAUAUAUUAAACAGAGAUAGGAGGAUGGUCAAAAGACUCGCCAACAAAGACAUCAAUUCAGUCUCUAGCAGAUAGAUGCUUAGAAUGGAUUCAUCUGCAUUUACUUCACAAUACUUCCAUCAUGGCGACACUUUUUCUAAGCUGAUGUAUGAAUAUUUUUAAAGGCCAUUAAUAGUAACAUAAGUAGGGGAAAAAAUGGACCUUCUGUUUAAAAACUCCUUAGUAAGCAAUGUAUUUUUUUUAAGUUGUAAAUGGAAUAUAACUUAAUAACUCUGAGCUUA